AAAUUAACAAGAAAAAAAAAUAAAAAGGCUAUCCUGCAGUCUUUAAGUAAGCUCGGGGCUGAGGCACUCAGGCAUAGGCACCCGUUCUCAUUUUAUUUCUUUGGACUUUUUGAGAACCCAGAUAUAUUCCAGGGAGAGGAGUUUGUACAUUUGCAAAGCUAUGGACUCAGGGGUGGCAAAGCUAGGGAGCUCUCUCUUGGUGCCUUGUGUUCAGGAGCUAGCAAAGGGGCCAUUAGUAAAAGUUCCACCUCGAUACGUUCGCACUGAUGAAGAGCCUCCCAUCUUAUCUGACACCAAUUCGUUGCCACAAGUCCCUGUUACAGAUAUGCAAAAGUUGUUUUCUGAAGAAUUUAAGGAUCUCGAGCUGGAACAGUUGCAACGGGCAUGUAAAGAGUGGGGUUUCUUUCAGUUAAUCAACCACGAAGUGAGCACUUUAUUGGUGGAAAACGUGAAGUUAGAGAUCCAAGAGUUCUUCAAUCUCCCAAUGGAAGAGAAGAAGAAGUUUUGGCAAAAACCAGAUGACAUCGAGGGGUUUGGGCAGGCGUUUGUUGUUUGUGAAGAGCAGAAGCUUAACUGGGGAGACAUGUUCUACAUGGUCACCCUCCCAACUUAUUUGAGGAAACCUCAUCUAUUCCCAAAGCUCCCACUUUCGCUAAGGUUCUUUCUCUUAAUCUCUUUCAAUAAUUGAAGUGAUGUAAAAGAUACUUCUCUGGAAUUAAUAACUAUUGCUAGAUUUUAGUCUUGAUAUAUUGUUGCUACAUGCUAAAAAACAAUAAGUCCCCUUCC